GGCUGGCCGGCCUGAGGUGGGGGCGAAGGCGGCGCCGCGCCAAGGGGCCCUCGGCGGUCACAGAAAUACUGUGAAGAAACAGGCCGACGACCGUUGGACAGAAGGUCAUGAUGGUAUCCAUCCCAGAAUACUAUGAAGGCAAGAAUGUCCUUCUCACAGGAGCUACCGGUUUCAUGGGAAAAGUUCUUCUUGAAAAGCUGUUAAGGGCUUGUCCGAAAGUAAAAGCAGUUUAUGUGUUGGUAAGACACAAAGCAGGAAAGAUGUCUCAAGAAAGAGUGGAAGAAAUGAUCAGCUGCAAGCUCUUUGAUCGACUGAGAGAUGAACAGCCACAAUUUAAAGAAAAAAUUAUAGCAGUUGCUAGCGACCUUACAGAAUUAGAAAUGGCCCUUAGUGAAGAAGACAAGGAGACUCUCAUAGAGCGUACAAAUAUUAUAUUUCAUUGUGCCGCUACUGUAAGAUUCAAUGAAAUUCUAAGAGAUGCUGUUCAGCUCAAUGUAAUUGCAACACAACAGCUUCUUUUAUUAGCCCAGAAAAUGAAGAAUCUAGAUGUGUUUAUCCAUGUUUCAACAGCGUUUGCUUAUUGUAAUCGAAAGCACAUUGAGGAAGUUGUCUAUCCACCCCCUGUUGAUCCCAAGAAAUUGAUAGAUUCCUUAGAGUGGAUGGAUGACAGCCUAGUGAAUGAUAUUACUCCAAAACUGAUCGGAGAUAGGCCUAAUACUUACACAUAUACAAAAGCUUUAGCAGAAUACAUUGUUCAACAAGAAGGUGCGAAACUAAACAUAGCUAUUAUUAGGCCAUCAAUUGUGGGUGCCAGCUGGAAGGAGCCUUUCCCAGGAUGGAUUGACAACUUUAAUGGACCUAGUGGCCUCUUUAUUGCUGCAGGAAAAGGAAUUCUUCGAACAAUGCGAGCCUCCAACAAUGCAGUUGCAGAUCUUAUUCCAGUAGAUGUAGUGAUCAACGCAACAAUAGCUGCUGCUUGGUAUUCAGGAGUUAAUAGGUAUAGCAGACCAAGAAACAUAAUGGUAUACAACUGUACCACGGGUGGCACCAAUCCUUUCCAUUGGGGUGAAGUUGAGUGUUACUUAAAUUUGGUGUUCAAGAGGAAUCCCUUAGAACAAGCAAUAAGGCGUCCCAAUGUUAAACUCCAGUCUAACCCCCUUAUACAUCAGUAUUGGACAACAGUUGGUCACAUACUUCCUGCGUUGUUACACGAUGUUGUUCUCAGGUUGACAGGUCAGAAACCGUGGAUGAUGAAAACAAUAACACGUCUUCACAAAGCUAUGAUGUUACUAGAAUACUUUACCAGUAAUUCUUGGGACUGGAAUACAGACAAUGUAAAUAUGCUUAUGAGCCAACUCGGUCCUGAAGACAAAAAGGCAUUUAAUUUUGAUGUUCGCCAGUUGCAUUGGGCAGAGUAUAUGGAAAACUACUGCAUGGGAACAAAGAAAUAUGUUCUGAAUGAGGAAAUGUCUGGUCUUCCAGCAGCUAGGAAACACUUGAAUAAGUUAAGGAACAUCCGUUAUGGCUUCAAUACAGUGCUUGUUAUUCUUAUCUGGCGUAUCUUCAUUGCAAGAUCACAAAUGGCGAGAAACAUCUGGUAUUUUGUCGUGAGCCUGUGUUACAAGUUCCUCUCUUAUUUUAGAGCCUCUAGUACUAUGAGAUACUGAAGAGGACAAUUCUAGCAUUAGGACAUCUAUGCAUAUGGUGGUCUAAUGGCACAAAGCCGUAUAAUGUACCUACUCAUCUUGUCUUUUGUAAAAACAUGAACUAUUAGAUCUGGAUUGUGAAAUACAGUACAUGUGAUGCUUAAUUGUGUAUUUCUGUGAAGAUUAUAUGGCUGGUUCUGGAGCAAUCUGUCAUUAGGCAAAUAUGUAGGUUAAAUAUCCAACAAAACAGAUUUAAUAUCUGUAUGUGAGGAAAACCUUUAGGCCACUGACCAGUGUAACUGUGCAAUUCUGGAAUGCAUUGAAUUAAAAUCUGCCUUAACAUAGUAAACUUAAUUUUUAUUGCACAUAAGCUUAUUUAGUUAAGGUGAACAAAUUAUUGACUUGGGUGGUAGACGUAUUUAUUUUAGACUUUUAAACUGCAAUGUCCUUGUAAAUGAUUGUGAGUUUGGCUUUCUAUUAGUCUUUUAUUCUUCUUGCCUCCUUCCUGGUGACUAUAAGGAUGUGGAGUUUACUUUACCGAGUUGAGACCUUCCUAAUUGAACCUUUUUUGGUUUGUUUUUAAAAGUGCACCUACUGAUCCAGACUGACCCACAAGAGAUUGCAGUUGAAAUAACUGGCUAAUGAUCCAGAAGGGGGAUAUGCAUAUAGGUCAGCAUAAGCACCCAAAUUGCUCCAUAAUCUUCCUCUAGUUGAAAAACCAAAACAGGUGCAAAUGGUGGCUUUCCUCAUAUUCUGAACUGUGGUUUUUAUAAGAAAUGACUAUAUGGCCAAGGAAAGAAGUAAGCUCAUUCAUUAGAAGAAGUACGAACAAAGAAAACACAUUAUUACAGAUCACUAGAAUUUUUCUGAAAGGGCACAAGAUAUCAGGAACUUCGUAAGUUUUUGUUCUGAGAUGCAGAACAUAAUCCAUUUAGGAAACGCACCAUAUCCUCCCUGUUACACACAGAAUUUUAAAACUGAAUUCUCAGUCCCUUUCUUCUAAGCUGUAAAGUCAACAGAUUUAUGCUAAAUAAAACUUGAGGUUUAUUUUCAGAAUGGUGGAAAGACAUAUUGAAUAGGUGUUAAAUAAACAGGAAUCCAUUUUUAUAUGUUUAAUUUGCUUCCACAAGAAAAAAAUAGGAGUCUUUAAUAAAAGAUGAAAUAUAAUUCAGUACUUAAAUUUUUCUGUGCAACUCAUUUGCAUAAAAUUCUGUGCGAACAUUAACAUUCCUUCUUUGAUACAAACAGCGUACCUCUGGAUAUGAUGGUGGUAAACUGAUCAACUUGUACUGUAGCUGUUUCUUCUUAUAAUCACUGUCUAGGUAGAUUGAGGAUGAAUUCUGGAUGAACAAUAUAAGAAUUACACAAAGCACAUUUCCUGUACUCAGCUGCUAUGGAAAUCUAACUUUCUUGCAAGUAUCUAAAUUUGGAUAAAGCUUCCUAAUAGAAGUUAAAAUUUUCUCAUUUAGAACUUAAAUGUAAUUUUUGAAGUUUUUUGUGUGUACUCUUUCCAGAAAUACAAAUGUUUCAUGGUCAAGGACCACACAUUAAGAAGUGUGAGAGACUGCUGUGACAGUGAUGAAACAUACAAUAAAUUAUAGAUUUUGUGAAUUAAGGUUUUGCAGUUGGCAAUAUUCCUAUUAUAUGUUUCAGCUGCUUCCUAACUCUUCCUCCUCUUAAGUUGGGCUUAAAAUCAUUUACUUAGCAUUUGAGCAUGUUUAUAGGUUAUUUUUCUUGCUUGCUUUCUUUUUCCCUUUUCUUUUUUGCACAAGGUGCCUGGAAUUCUACAACCCACCAUGAUUUCCGUGGGUGUGAUGUAACUUAGUGAAAGAGGUGUUUGUAAGAUUUUUGGAUAUUAUGUUCACUUUCUUCAGUGUAACUUGGUCUGGAAUUCCUGAAAUGAAUGCAGAUGAUAAAAUAGCGCCGUUCAGAACACUGCUGAAAGGAAUCAGUAAUUAAAUGAGUUAUGCAAUUUUUCGUGUGACUCUAAUAUAUAGUGGCUGCCAUCUUGGUUUUGAGUUAUUUGAAUGUUUAGUUUUCCUCAUUCAAAAAAUAUACCACAGAGUUUGGCAUACCACACAAAUCAUUACAGUUAAGGUACUUUCAUCUUGUGUUGCCAUUCUUCAUAUGAAUGCCGCAUUUCAUAUCAGAAUUGUUAACUAAAAUAAAUGGAUCCAUAAUUUUGUGUAUUAAUCUAAGCAGUUUACUCAUCAGUUUUACAAAACAGUAACAGAAGAGCAUUUUAAAGCCAGUGAUCACUAAUAGGUAUGCCAGAAUUUAAAAUUUGGGACCAUAAGAAAACCUUUUCUGCUGUCAAAACAAAUUCUGCAAACAAAAUUUUAAAUCCUAAGUUUUUAUAAAACAUAAAUAUUGGGUGCCUUUGUUUGUAAACCAAAAAUAAACAAAUUCCUGAUUAUGUUUAUUGAAUGUA